AUGGAUUUUUAUGUUGUGGUUUAUCUUAAUGUGGAAAAUGUGUUGAACGCCGAGGGAACCGGACUGGUCACUGCUCUGAGAGUUCUCUAUCACAUCACCUGUCCACCUCCUGCUGUUGAAGGUCAGCAGAGGGAUCUGAAGUGGAGCCUCGCCGGCGUCCAGCUGUUCUCCGGCGAGGGUCUGGACACAUGCGUGCGCGUCCUCCAGAAGCUGUGCAGCGUGCUGCUGCAGCCGUGGCGCGUUCACGGGCACAUGGGUCCGACGCCGCAGCGCUGCAUGAUCCUGAGCGUGUGCAUCAGCACGCUCAGGCUGCUGCGCACCAUGCUGACGGAGCUGCUCCGCGGCGGGGCCUUCCAGUUCAGGGACACGCGCGUGGCCAACGUUCUGGUGACACUGCACAUGAUGGUGUGCUCCAUUCCGGCGUCUGGGCGCCUGGACGGCGAGGAGACAAGAGUGCAGGCGCUCAUCGUGGAUGUGCUGCUCACCUUCACGCAGGGCGUCAGCGAAGAGGUCACUCACACAGAGGAGACUCUGGCCAGCAACACCUGGUCUCUGAUGCUCAAGGAAGUCUUGAAUUCCCUUUUGAAAGCUCCUGAAGGUUUGUUCUCCGGCCUGACGCUGCUGUCCGAACUUCUGCCUCUUCCUCUGCCGAUGCAGAGCACUCAGGCGUUAUCAGUCCAGGACGUUGCUAUCGCCUUAAACACCAGGAAGCUGUGGAGCAUGCACAUCCGGGUCCAGUGGAAGGUCCUGUCGGAGGUGCUGAGGUGUGUGUGCUCCACCAGCUGCCCGCCUCUCCUGACCAUGCUGAGGAGGGUCUGCGUCCAGCUGGCUGACCUGUCCUCGCCCACCGCAACGCUCGUCAUGAAGACGGUGUUGGAGCUGCUGUCCGAGGAGCUGCAGCCGGCCGAGGGGAAAAGUGUUUGCUGGGGUCAAGUCCUGCGUCUGCUUUCGCUGCUGGACACUCUGGUGUCCCAGAGGGCUUGCAAGAGCUCCACCCUUCACCUGCUGUCCGGCUCCGUCUCUGGAGACGAACAGGUGGCGGACCUGUUUCCUCUGCUUCUGUCUCUGCUGGUGCCCCCAGCUGGUCACUCGCUGCAACAGCAGCAGUGCAGUGUGUUAGUGGGGACAAUACUGCAGUCACUGUGUGACCAGGACAUUUCUCUGGUGGUGCCGCCACCUGGUGAGGGCUGCGUGUCGGAGGCUGAGCAGCUGGCUAAUGCACUUCCAGGCCGAGACAUGAUGUCCUCGGUGUGUAAUUCCCUGUUAGAGGUUUUAGGGAAUAAAGAGGCCAGCAUCCCUCUGCUCCUCACCUGCAUCAGGACGUUGACUUUCCUCACAGAGCACGACUACGGAAUCUACCACCUCAAAGUCACUUUGAGGAAACAUGGCUCAGAGGUGUGUUCGCUGCUGAAAAGGCUGGUGGUUUCCUUCAACAAGGACUCGACGGAUCUGAUUUCAGCUCUGCUUGACUUUCUGAGGCAAAUCCUAAACACGGAAACAACGUGUGCAGAGGAAGGCCAGGGCUCCAGCGAGGAACCUGCCUGCGUUGCUCCACGCUUGCUGUCGAGCUCAGAGAUGAAAUCUCUGCUGCAGUUUGAAGACUCAGAGUCACAUCCGCUAAUGGCCUUAGAGAAGCUAAUCACGAAAUUAUGUAAAGAAGACGACUCUCUGGAAACCAUGAUGGAGAACGUGAUCGUCCUGAAGCAGUCGCUGGAGACGGCCACAGAAAGUCCUCCGCCGUCAGAAACCGAACCCGUUCUGCCCGCACCCGAAACGUUGGCAGCCCAGUUCAACCACAGGACGGUGUUUAUUCUGUCAGAAGCUCUGGAUGAGCAGCUCAAAGCUCUCUGGUUCUCUCCUUUCCAAACUGAUGACAUAGAAACAGAUCUGGACAUGGUGAAGGUGGAUCUGGUUGGCUUGGCUCAGGAGUGCUGUCCGGAGCUGGACCUGAAGGCCGAGCUGGAGCGCUCCUUCCUCUCUGAGCCGUCCUCUCCCGGUCACACGAAGGUCGCCAAAGGUUUCCGACUGGGCAAACACAAACACGAGACGUUCAUCACAUCCAGCGGUAAAUCCGACUACAUCGAACCUGCUAAAAGAGCCCACAUCCUUCCGGCGCCGCGCGGCCGUGGAGGCCGAGGAGGGUUUGGUCAGAACGUCGCCCGGCCCCAUGAUAUUUUCCGCCUGCGCAAACAGAACACCUCCCGCCCUCCCAGUAUGCAUGUGGACGACUUUGUGGCAGCGGAGUUUAAAGACAUUGCUAACCCACUUGGGAUUCUGCCUCCCAAACGUCUGCCAAAAAGCGCUCCCAAGCCCCCCACCAGAGGGCUGUUUACUGGCAACAGAGGAAGAGCGGCCUUUCACAGCCAAACUCGCUUUUUCACCCCACCGCAGCCUAAAGGUGUUCUGCUAUCAGGUAACUACGCUCGGAGAGAGGGAGGCCGGGGGUCGUCAUGGAGCGGCCAGGUUCCUGCUGUGACCCACAGAGGAACCUACAGUGAACCCCGCGGAGGUCAGAGCAACUUCGCCCGAGGACCUCUGCCCUCCCGACAGCUGCCUGCGAGUGCUUAUCGGCUGGCCAUUCGGGAUCGAGCCCCGCGGGGCCGGGGAGGUACGGGACUGUCGUGGCUCGGUGCAGGGGGAGGUGCCGGCGCCGCAGGAGGAGGAGGAGGACGGGGGUCUCAAGGGAGCAAGUUCAGUGGCGGGGGAGGCAGUGGAGGUGGGAGAGGCAGACAUGUGCGCUCUUUCACCAGGUAAAUCCACCUGGGCAGUGACUUCAGCCUCUCGUGGGCUACAAACGGACCAAUCAGGAUUCAUGUUUGCCGUAUCCAUGGAAACGUCUUGGCUUUGGUGUCACGACUUUGUUGAGAUGUUUUUUUGUUUUGUUACAGAAUAAAGUUGGCAGUGAC